ACAGGAUGAAUCACGUGUGUCCAGUCUGAUCCAAGCAACUGAAUCGCGGAAUUCUGAAUCGCGGAAGUUGUUGUCAUAUGACUUAUUACUGCUAAAAUGUUACUAAUCCCUGGAUGAAAGUGGCCUAAAAGGUGAAUGAAAUGCCAUUUGAUUACGAAAUGGAGGAGAUUAAAGUAUCUCCUGACUACAACUGGUUCAGAAGUUCAGUCCCUCUAAAAAGAAUCAUUGUAGAUGAUGAUGACAGCAAGGUCUGGUCGCUGUAUGACGCCGGCCCAAAGAGCAUCCGCUGCCCCAUCAUCUUCCUCCCCCCCGUCAGUGGAACUGCUGAGGUUUUCUUUCAACAAGUUCUAGCACUGACAGGCUGGGGAUAUCGUGUCAUCUCGCUUCAGUACCCUGUGUACUGGGACCUUCUGGAGUUCUGCGAUGGCUUCCGGAAGCUUCUCGACCACUUACAGCUGGACAAGGUCCACCUGUUCGGUGCCUCUCUGGGUGGGUUCCUGGCUCAGAAGUUUGCUGAGUGCACGCACAAAUCCCCCAGAGUUCACUCACUCAUCCUGUGCAAUUCCUUCAGCGACACCUCCAUAUUUAACCAAACAUGGACCGCAAACAGUUUUUGGCUAAUGCCAGCCUUUAUGCUAAAGAAGAUUGUUCUUGGGAACUUCGCCAAAGGACCUGUAGACCCCAAAAUGGCGGAUGCUAUUGACUUCAUGGUUGAUCGACUGGAGUCUCUGAACCAGAGUGAGCUAGCCUCGCGGCUAACGCUAAACUGCCAGAACUCUUAUGUGGAGCCACACAAGAUCAAGGAUGUGGCUGUCACCAUCAUAGACGUGUUUGAUCAGAGUGCCCUUUCAAACGAAGCCAAGGAGGAGAUGUAUAAACUGUACCCCAACGCCAGACGAGCCCACCUGAAGACGGGAGGCAACUUCCCUUACCUAUGCCGGAGUGCAGAGGUCAACCUUUACAUACAGAUCCACCUUCGCCAGUUCCACGGCACGCGCUACGCCGCCAUUAACCCGGCCAUGGUAAGUGCCGAGGAGUUGGAGGUCCAGAAAGCCAGCCUGAACCAGGGCAACAACAGCGAAGAGGAGGUCUAGGCCCACACCACACCAGCUUCCCCUCCCCCACGUCCACCCCCAGGUCCUAAAGGAGGUUGUGCGGUGGCACAGCAAGGCGUCGCGAGACUGCACUCAAACAUACAUAUGUACAAAAAUAAACCUGUGAACUAGCAUUCAGAAAACAUUGGUUACACACAUCCUAAACCGGGGGAACAUUUCAAACACACCUUUACAUGGUCCUGUGUUUUCUAUGAUGUACUCAAUCAAACAAAUGUUUAAAGGAGACAAUUUUUACUUUACAGGAGGAAAUACAAUAUUUUAAUAAUGACUAUUUCUGUAAAUAAUUAUGAAUCGGGUACAUUAUAUAAAAUGACCUUAAUAGGAUGCCAUACUUUUUGAACCUGUUGCCUUACGUAAUACUGAAUCCGCUGUAAUAGCUAUUUUUUUUUCGCACUUUGUAUAACUGGAAUUUCAUUUUUUCCAGACUUAUGUUUGUUUUCUUUUGUUUUCUUUUAUUUUUUUCUCACUGCCAGCUUUUAUAUUCUGUAUGGAGCCAUGCACUGAAAAGUUAUCCACCCAAUGAUGUGACCAGGAAUAUUAUUGAAAAAGUAGUGUACAUUAUUGUUUCCUUUGUUAUCAAGUAAAAAUGCUUAAAUAAUC